AUGAAGGUCCAAAAUUUCGAUGAGUUCAAUUGUUCGACAGCACAAAUCAGUUCGCUUAUAUUUGAUUCGGUUGUUCCCUGCUCGAAUGAUAUUGGGGUCAUCGGUCACUGCCCAAACAGUUCAACAAUGUAUAAAACACUCGCUGGUGUUGGUGCUGAUGUUGGUGCUGGUGCUGGUGUUGAUGUUGGUACUGGUGCUGUCUGUGCGUAUUCGAUUGGUUGCGAGACGUUCACCACUGUUGUGCUAGUACAACAGUGGUGA